AUGGACACAACACACUUAGAUGAUAUUAUCUCAAGAUUAAUGAAUGUUAUUAAUUCAUUCCCAGAAAAUAUCAUUGUGACAAAAGAUGAAAUUAUGCAACUUUGCGAUGUAUUUCAAGAAGAAGUAAGUAAAGAUGAAACAUUAAUGGAAUUAAAAGCACCAAUUAAUGUAAUUGGAGAUUUACAUGGACAAUUUACUGAUUUAAUUCGAUUUUUAAAAGCAGUAAAUUAUACUGAAGAAAAAUUUUUGUUUCUUGGAGAUUUUGUUGAUAGAGGAUGUCAUAGUAUAGAAGUACUAUGUCUUGUUUAUGCACUAAAAGCGCGUUAUCCACAACAAUUUUUCAUUAUUAGAGGAAAUCAUGAAUGUGAAGAAAUUAACCGAGUUUUUGGAUUUUAUGAUGAGUGUAUUCGUAGAUAUGAUGAAAGUGUUUGGAAACGAUUUAAUGCUACUUUUGCUUAUUUACCAAUUUUGGCGUUAAUAAAUAAAAAAAUACUAUGUGUUCAUGGUGGAAUCUCACCUGAUUUAAAAUUAUUAAGUCAAAUACAAACAAUUUCUAGACCUCUACAAAUCCCAUGUGGAGGAAUGGUUUGUGAUUUAUUAUGGUCUGACCCUGGUUCAAUGUUUGGAUGGAAACCAAACACUGUUAGGGGAAUGUCUCAUUAUUAUGGAGAAGAUGUUUGUAUUGAAUUUAUGGAACGAAACGAAUUGGAAUUAAUUUGUCGAGGACAUGAAGUAGUUGAUGGGUAUCAAUUUAAAUUUAAUCAAAAGUUAGUCACAUUAUUUAGUUCUCCAGUUUAUUGUAAUGCAUUAAAUAAUUCAGGAGCAAUGAUGGUUGUUGCAGAUGAUCUCACUUGUUCAUUUGUAAUUCUAAAAGUUGAUAAAUAA